AUUUCCAUUCUGGCUGGGAAGGGCUGGGGCUCCACUCAGCCUGGAGACCGAAGCGCUUCACUGAGCGCUCGCCGCCGCCCAGCCUCUCCUCGCGCGCCUCCUAGCUCUUCGCAGAGCAGCCGGGAGCCAGGAGUGCUCCAGAGCCCGAGGGUGGGAAGGGCGAAUCUGUCUGGCUUUUCUCCUAUCUUGUUUCUUUUCCCUCUCUCCUUCCCACUUGUGUGCGAGCGAGUGUGUGAGCCAUGGAGCGCAGAGCCUGGACUCUGCAGUGUACCGCUUUCACCCUCUUUUGCGCUUGGUGUGCACUGAACAGUGUAACAGCGAAGAGGCAGUUUGUCAACGAAUGGGCUGCGGAGAUCCCCGGGGGUCCGGCGGCAGCCUCGGCCAUCGCGGAGGAGCUGGGCUAUGACCUUUUGGGUCAGAUUGGAUCACUUGAAAAUCACUACUUAUUCAAACAUAAAAACCAUCCCCGAAGGUCUCGAAGGAGUGCCCUUCACAUCACUAAGAGAUUAUCUGAUGAUGAUCGUGUUAUAUGGGCUGAACAACAGUAUGAAAAAGAGAGAAGUAAACGUUCAGCUCUGAGAGACUCGGCGUUAAAUCUCUUCAAUGAUCCGAUGUGGAAUCAGCAAUGGUACUUGCAAGAUACCAGGAUGACUGCAGCCCUGCCCAAGCUGGAUCUUCACGUGAUACCUGUUUGGCAAAAAGGCAUUACGGGCAAAGGAGUUGUUAUCACUGUACUGGAUGAUGGCUUGGAGUGGAAUCACACGGACAUUUAUGCCAAUUAUGAUCCAGAGGCUAGCUAUGAUUUUAAUGAUAAUGACCAUGAUCCGUUUCCCCGAUAUGAUCCCACAAAUGAGAAUAAACAUGGGACCAGAUGUGCAGGAGAAAUUGCCAUGCAAGCAAAUAAUCUCAAGUGUGGGGUUGGAGUUGCAUACAAUGCCAAAGUUGGAGGCAUAAGGAUGCUGGAUGGCAUUGUGACGGAUGCUAUUGAGGCCAGUUCGAUUGGAUUCAAUCCUGGGCACGUGGAUAUUUACAGUGCGAGCUGGGGCCCUAAUGAUGAUGGGAAGACGGUGGAAGGGCCUGGCAGGCUAGCCCAGAAGGCUUUUGAGUAUGGUGUCAAACAGGGGAGACAGGGGAAGGGCUCCAUCUUCGUCUGGGCUUCCGGGAAUGGGGGCCGACAGGGAGACAAUUGUGACUGCGAUGGCUACACAGACAGCAUCUACACCAUCUCCAUCAGCAGUGCCUCCCAGCAAGGCCUGUCCCCCUGGUACGCUGAGAAGUGCUCCUCCACGCUGGCCACCUCAUACAGCAGCGGGGAUUACACCGACCAGCGAAUUACGAGCGCCGACCUGCACAACGACUGCACCGAGACCCACACGGGCACCUCGGCCUCGGCACCCCUGGCUGCUGGCAUCUUCGCUCUGGCCCUGGAAGCAAACCCAAAUCUCACCUGGCGAGAUAUGCAGCACCUGGUUGUCUGGACCUCUGAAUAUGACCCACUGGCCAAUAACCCUGGAUGGAAAAAGAAUGGAGCAGGCUUGAUGGUGAAUAGUCGAUUUGGAUUUGGCUUGCUAAAUGCCAAAGCUCUGGUAGAUUUAGCUGAUCCCAGGACCUGGAGCAGCGUGCCCGAGAAGAAAGAGUGUGUCGUAAAGGACAAUGACUUUGAGCCCAGAGCCCUGAAAGCUAACGGAGAAGUUAUCAUUGAAAUUCCAACAAGAGCUUGUGAAGGACAAGAAAACGCUAUCAAGUCCCUGGAGCAUGUGCAAUUUGAAGCAACAAUUGAGUAUUCCCGUAGAGGAGACCUUCAUGUCACACUUACUUCCGCAGCUGGAACUAGCACCGUACUGUUGGCUGAAAGAGAACGGGAUACAUCUCCUAAUGGCUUUAAGAAUUGGGACUUCAUGUCUGUUCACACAUGGGGAGAGAACCCUAUAGGUACCUGGACUUUGCAAAUUACAGACAUGUCUGGAAGAAUGCAAAACGAAGGAAGGAUUGUGAACUGGAAGCUGAUUUUGCACGGGACAUCUUCUCAGCCAGAGCACAUGAAACAGCCUCGUGUGUACACGUCCUACAACACGGUCCAGAAUGACAGGAGAGGGGUGGAGAAGAUGGUGGAUCUGGGGGAGGAGCAACCCAAACAAGAGGACCCCAACGAGAAGCCCCUGAUGUCCCAAAGCCCCAGUAGCGGCAAUGUGGAAGACAGAAGAGAUGAGCUGGCGGAGGGAGCCCCCUCCGAGGCCAUGCUGAGACUCCUGCAGAGUGCUUUCAGCAAAAACUUGCCGCCAAAGCAAUUGCCAAAGAAGUCCCCAAGUGCAAAGCUCAACAUCCCUUAUGAAAACUUCUACAAAGCCCUGGAAAAGCUGAACAAUCCUUCCCAGCUUAAAGACUCUGAGGACAGUCUGUAUAAUGACUAUGUUGAUGUUUUCUAUAACACAAAACCUUACAAGCACAGAGAUGACCGGCUGCUUCAAGCUCUGGUGGACAUUCUGAAUGAGGAAAAUUAAAAUAAGUGUGUGGUCCCAAGUUGGAAAUAUUCAUGCUUCUUCCUUACCCUUAGAUUUUGCCUGUGUCCGAAGCGGUUGUUUUGUCAUUGAUUCCUAGGCUUAUAAUAUCCUUUAUGGUACUUUUUCUUUUUCUCCCCAAACUGUACAUUUGAAGGGGAUGAGCUCAAUUAGGAAAUCUAACUUCCAGAAUUGAUCAUAGCACAUCUUUUAAAACACAUCUUUCCUACCGACAAAAGUGAAGUGUUUUGUUCUUUGUGGAAUCACAAUUGACACACAGCCCUCACACUACAUUAGAACACCUCCUUGAGCCCAUUUCAUUUCUCAAAUGCAACGGCAAAACCUGGGCAAUCAAUGAAUUUGAUAAAGUAAUCUACAAAGAAUGAGAGAGAAAAAAAUCUUUCUGUAGCUUGUUCCCUGUCUUUGCCACAUGGUUCUUCAAAUUUCAAUACCAAAAAAGCAUUUGGAAAGUCUCUAAUGAAAGAGUGCACAAUUAGACCUAUUCUUUAAGCCUUUCUACUCCAAAGUACUACUCAUUCCCAGAGUCACAGUCUCAUCAUUUGGGGGAAAGCUGGAUUAUUUAGAUGUAGAAACAGAUAGUGAAAUCUGCAUUUUCUGGUUUGAACGUUCUUCUCUAAUUGGUGUACUAUGCAGGGGCAUCCGUGGCCCUGGUCUCUUCCUGUAGUUAGUCCUCCUUCUUCUGAAGGUUUUCCUUACCUGUCUCCUUUCUUGUCCACAAACUAAAUAUUGAAAGAACGAAGUUAUACCACUUUCUCAGAAAAAAACUUAGACCUGGAAAAUUCCUAGUUAUAAACUUUUUUAACAAUAAUAACAGGAAACCAC